AUGUCGAAGCUCUCCCCAGCCCUCAAGCAACUCAUAAAUGCGGCGCACUCGCGCCCGGGCCCAGUGCCUGCACCACCAAAGAUCCAGUCGGUGUUCAAGAAGAUCGAGCAAGAAGCUACAGACCGGCAAUUGGGCCGCCCAUCAUGGCUGGCUGUUAGCACCGCUGCGACAAUGACCAUGAACUCGCCCGAGUCAAUGGAAGCACUCUUCCAUUCCACAACACAAGGCAAACCACAGGAGGAGAGUGUUCAGGUCGCAGAGUUCAUGCGCGAGAUUGGACUCAAGUGUAUUGGAUUCAAUGGCAUCCCGCGCACAAUCAACAUGCUCAACGCCUUCCGCGCCUCACUCCCCGGAGACGUCUACUCAAAACUGAAUACAACACCCACACGCUACCCUGACGCAUCAAACAUCGAGCAAAUCAACGCGCGCGGCCGCGGCCUGUGGGAUAAGAUCUACCGCCCCUUACAUGAGAAGCUUGAGUCCAAGCUGGGAGAAGCGCAUCCUGACCUACCCGUCUUCAUCAUCAACAACGAGUACGGCGGUCUGUUCACGGAUCCGGAGCGCUCGACUGGCGCAACUGUGGGGCGCAUCACAACGAGCUUGAUUGCGAUUACGUGUUUGCGUGCACAGCAGGGUGUUGGGCCACAGGUGCUGAGUCACGUCUAUGGGUUGAGGAAAGCGUUGGGUGAUGGGAGCUGGAAGGAUGAGCCGGCUGCAGGGUCAGAGGAGGCAAUCAAGUGGUUGUUGACCGACGAGGGGUGUACAUGGGUGUUGGAGAAGACGGAUCAGCUUGUUGAGGCACUUGGCGGCGCGCAAGGAAGCACGUUUGCACCAGUCAAGGCGAAGCUUUGA